AUGUUGGAAUUGACCGUUCAUAAUAUAACAACAGUAUUGUGGUUCGUGGGGUCUGACAUCAGAGUAAAAGCCUCGUACGAACGUCAAGCAAGAUUUAUUGAAUCCUUGGCACAAUACAAUACCGGAAAUGUAUGGGAUAAUACCACCCUCGUCAUUGAAGGUACCUCUGACACAAAUAGUCAAGGCCCCCGUGAUGCCGCCAGAGAAAUAACCCAAGAAGUACAUCGCACCAAUGACGACUUAACUUCAAAUAUUAGCAAAUUUAAGAUUUGGUUAUUCGAAAGGCUCCCACCUGAAAGUAUUUAUGUUAAGGUAAGAUUCUCAAGUGAUCAAAUAAACGAGUAUGGUGUUUUUAAAGAAUCGGAACCAGAACGAAUCCUCGCAAGGUAUGAAUCAUUAAUGAAGGGACGUCAUGAGAAUCCGAUACGUAUCAACCUUAGAAAAGUCAAGUGUUCUAAAUGUCCCGAAAAAACUGAUCCAAGAUUAGCACUUCCUGAAUGUCAUUCGGAAAUGGAAUAUCAUUAUAAAUAUAUUCAUUAUUACCUUAUAAUCUUCUGA